AUGUUCCGCCCGCUCGGGUUGGGUUCCAGCUAUGCUGCAGCCGCAGCAUCGUCGUCGUCAUCAUCGACGAAGAACUCUUUGUUUGAACGUGCGAAUCCUCUGAACCUUCUGGCUAACCUCCCGAACAGCAGUGCAAGACAUGAAAACCGAGAUGACUUCCACGAUCAGAUCGGAUCGAAUUCACCCACGCCCUCUGGUGUGGAGACGCCGCGUCCAGACCUCCACGACAAGCGGUUGCCGGGUAUAAUACACGGCUAUUUUGGCCAGGUGGGUAGAGAUCCUUCUCAGAAUACACCGUCACGGUCAUCUGAAGCUGCCACAAACCCUGAACUUGAAACUGAACCUGAACCUGAACAAAAUGAUCUGAAAGAGCCCGCACAAGAGAGUGAGAGCAGGCGGAAUUCGUCUGCCUCUUUGGGCUCGAUGGUGAUGGUGGAACGAGAACAAGCUUCCAUUUCAACACCGCCACCAGAUGAGCUGCAUGAGGAGUCUGCACCACCCGUAUCAGAGGGUGACACUUCUCGGCUCCCACCUACGCCACUCUCGUCCGCCGCUUCCGUGGUGCAUAGAGAUGGCGAAGUGGCAGAGAACGGCGGGUCCAUGCUAGACGGCGGUAUAGCUUCCAUCACGCAGGCUUUGAGGAAUUUCGUACUCCCCAAGUCUGCAUCCUGGGCCAAAGACCGCCGCCACCAGUCUCUACCCGUCUCAGGCGUUACUAAAAGCACCGUUUCCGCCGCACACAUCUCAAACCCUGCAUCGUCCACGCAUUCCUCGAGACCACAAAGCCCCAAGUCUCCUUGUCCAAGUCAUGCUAAGCUACCACCGUCUGAAAUUUUGAAAGGGUCAGAUGAGCUAACUUCAAACGCGGCCGCUGGGCUGCGUGAAAAGAGCACCCCUCCUCAUACCCCUCGAGCCUUGUCCCAAGAAGAUCAUCGACGGGCCGAUACUAGGUCGCCACUGUCGAGCGCGAGUACCACCGUCAGCGAAGGAAAUUCCCAAAUCGAGAAGCGACUUCCAACCAAAGAUGAAAUUCCUAACAGCACGCCAAGAGGCAAGCUCUCCAUCAAGAUUGCAGAAGGUCGGGACUUGAAGCCGUCAUUCGAUCCCUACGUGGUCUGUCAGUUCGAAUGGAAUGAGUAUGUUUCCAAGGGUCCCAGACACGACAAGAUGGAUGUCGACGUCGAUGACCGGAAAGGACCGGUUGGUCAGUUGCAAUCAAUCCGGAGGACCGACAGCGACAUGGGGAAGCCCAUGGCCAUUCCCAUGAGAAGUCGCCAGAGCAGCACGAAUGGAGAUGGCAGGGUCAGUGAUCCCCAGUGGGAUCACGAAGCCAUCUUCGACGUCGUCAGCGACCAGUCAGAAUUGGAUGUUACCGUCUACGACCGCCAUGCAGAAACUUUUCUGGGCCAUAUUCGUUUAUGUCUGAAACUUACAGAACAGAAUCCCACGUUAGAAGGCUUCUUCAAGCUGGAACCCCGUAGCCCAGAGGACCACGAUAUUACAGGCGAGAUUCACAUUCGAAUGCACUUCACUCCAGUCGAAAAGAAACAUGUCGGACCAAAUGACUUCCAGAUUUUAAAGCUGAUCGGUAAGGGAACCUUUGGACAAGUUUAUCAAGUCCGGAAAAAGGACACUGGGCGCAUUUACGCUAUGAAGGUUCUGUCGAAAAAGGUAAUUAUCCAGAAGAAAGAGAUCCAGCACACUAUCGGAGAACGAAACAUCCUGGUUCGAACCGCAACAACAGAAUCGCCUUUCAUUGUGGGCCUUAAAUUCUCAUUCCAAACACCUACGGAUCUUUAUUUGGUCACGGACUUUAUGUCUGGAGGAGAGUUAUUUUGGCAUCUCCAAAAAGAAGGUCGGUUCAAAGAAGACCGUGCCAAAUUUUAUAUCGCUGAGCUUAUCCUUGCCCUCAAACACCUUCAUCAAUCCGACAUCGUCUACCGAGAUCUCAAGCCAGAAAAUAUCCUUCUCGACGCAAAUGGACACAUUGCACUGUGUGACUUUGGUCUAUCCAAGGCCAACUUGGCACAGGACGACACUACCAACACCUUCUGCGGAACGACUGAGUAUUUGGCCCCCGAGGUGUUACUCGACGAGCAAGGUUACACCAAAAUGGUAGACUUCUGGUCUCUUGGCGUCCUCGUGUUUGAAAUGUGCUGUGGCUGGAGUCCAUUCUAUGCCGAAGAUACUCAGCAAAUGUACAAGAACAUUGCGUUUGGCAAAGUGCGGUUCCCGAGAGACGCCUUGAGCACUGAGGGUCGAAACUUCGUCAAGGGUCUGCUGAACCGCAACCCUAAACACCGACUAGGUGCACAUGGAGAUGCAGAAGAAUUGAUGCGCCAUCCCUUUUUUGCCGACAUUGACUGGGAUGCACUUGGCAAGAAGAAUUUGGUACCUCCGUUCAAGCCCAAAUUGGCGUCGAUUGCCGAUACCUCCAACUUUGACCCUGAGUUCACCAACGCUCUUAAUACGUCGUCGUCUCUAAAUGCCCGAGCGGCUGCUCUGGCCGCUGGCGCUGCACCAGCAUCAACGCCGUUGUCGCCUACCAUGCAGAAUGCCUUCCAAGGAUUCACCUUUGUGGACGAGAGCACUAUGGAGCAUCAGUUUGGUGGGGGGCGGGAUGCCGAGGAUAAUCGGGUCGACGACAAUUUCCUUGCACGGACCAGGACACUUGAGCACAGGAUGAGUGGUGUACAGAAGACUGGUGAGGAUGGAUUCUUUUUUGAGGAAUGA